UCCCCCCUCUCCAUCCUCCUCCAGGACUGCCCUGACGUGUGUUCCCUGGGGCCCCGAGCCUGGCUCCCGGAUGAUGGUGGACACAUGGGCUGCUGUUUCGGUAUUCCCCGGCAGAGGAACGUAUGUCCGGGCCCAGGUAAAGAGGCUCCUUCUAAUGCACAAACUCCAUCCAAUGGACUCAGACAGUCAGCAAUACCAACAAAAAGCAAGGGAAAAUGUCUCCAGUCACAGUCUCUGACAUCAGAGAUCCCCCUCUCUUUCUCUGUGUAUAGCCUCUCUGGGCGGGGAAUCAAUGAACAACUGCAAGAGGCUGCAAGAAAAAGGUUGUGGGCCAUGGAGAAUGAUAAAGAAGUCAACGCAUUGUUUAAGGAACUCUCAGCGCGGCUUGUCUCUAUACAAGUUGAUAAAGACCAGUUCAUUAUUACUUUCAAGACUAUUGAGGAAAUAUGGAAGUUCUCAACAUAUCUGAAUCUAGGCCAUGUGUCUUUCUGUCUGGAGCAGCUUCUCUUUGACCACAAUUAUUGGCUUAAAUGCAAAUUGGUGGAGGACACUAAGAUCCAUGUCACAGUCAAUGAAGAACAUCUGGAGGCCAUCUACCAAGCUCUCCUGUUUCAGGAAGGCCAUUUUUCCAGAACUCUCCAAACUGUCGUUCAUUCAGGAGAAAAGGAAGGUGGGGAGUACCUGAGGCUCUGCAAAAAUGAAUUGAUCUAUGUCAAGAACAACAAAGAAGGAACAGAAUGUGAAGGCACAUCCUUACAGACUGGUCUUCGGGGCCUGGUGCCUGUCACAGCUAUAGAGCCCCUGUCCCUCCCCUUCCACCAAUGGUUUCUGAAAAACUACCCGGGGACCUGUGGCAUCUAUAGGAAGAUUGAUUGGACAGGCUCUUAUCAAAUUGGUAAGGGAAAAUGUAAAGCUUUGAGGGAUUACCAAGGAGAGGAAAAAGAUGAACUGACCUUCUGCCAAGGAGACAGCAUUGAAGUCUUUGGCUUUCUCCUCUCAGGACUUCGAUGGUUUAUUGGGAAAUUGUCUGCAACUGGGGAGAUUGGUUUUGUCCAAACCAAACAUGUGGCUCCUGAUUCUUAUAUUCCAUUGAGCAAGGCUACUGCUUUCCUUAGUGAUGAGGAGAGAUUAUCCUUUUGGGACCCAGGAAAUGAGAGGGAAAGAGCCUGUGCUGACUUUCUCCGAUCCCUAACCCAUACUGACAUAUCUUCCAUCUACCGGCUCAGUGAGUUUUCCCAGGAUCCCUUCGAAACUCAGAUGACUAGUUUGGUGUCAAUAGCCGAAGGUUUCGAGGGAGGCCAGUCUGGUGAAACUUGGGAGAAGGACACAGAGGUCAGCUCGGGACAAUGCAGUGACUCUGAGGAAUCUUCCCCAAGCUCGGACAGCUAUCACCUGCCUGAGCCAGAUGACCUCGAUGAUCCCGAGGUCCUGAUGGACCUGAGUUCUGGUCACGAGGAAGAGGACGAGACAGGUGCCGUCUUUCACCCUUUUCUGAACCUGCUGAACCAGGAGGGCUACACAGGCCACUUUGAGAAUCUCUAUGACCUUUCCUUCUCACUUCCCGCUUCUUCCUUCUAUGGUUUCUCGGAUGAAGAUGAGCUCAUCAGUUACCUGGUGACCUCCAGGAACUACGCCAAGCGGAAUCACAUGACGUGGGCUCAUGCCCGCCUCUGCUUCCUCUUGGGACGGCUCAGUGUCAAGAAGGUCAAGCUUUCCCAGGCCCGCGUGUACUUUGAGGAAUCGCUCCACGUCCUGAGCCACGGUUUCAAGGAUCCAGCUCUGGUUGCUGCUCUCUAUAUUAAUUUGGCAGCUAUUUUCUUGAAACAGAAGCUGAGGCCCCGGACCUCCUCGGUUCUGUUGGAGAAGGCAGCUUCCGUGCUGGCAUGCCUUCCCACUGGGGGAGUGAGAGCCGAAAAUGAGCUGGAAGUGGUGGCUCAUAUCCUGCGGGAGGCCAUUGCUUCAGGGAGCAGUGCCCUGGAGGCCCGCGCCUGUUUCCUGGCCAUCCGACUCUUCCUCACCUUGGGCCAAUAUGAAGAAGCCCUGCCCUUUGUAGAGCGCCUGUACCUCCUUGCAGGACCACCCCCUGCUGCCAUUUUGAGCUUCUUGUAUGAUAAGAAGUACCUUCCCCACCUGGCUUUGGCUUCUGCCAGGCAACACAGCUCCCGAAGGACUCCAGGGAUGGUCAUAUCUCUCUGGCAAGUGAAUCUGGUCCUGCAGAACGCAGGGAAGCUCCUCAGGUCCUCCUCCUCCUCAGGCUGUGGUGACAUUUCUGCCCUGGCCUGCCCUUGCCUUAGACAAGCCCUGGCUGCCUCUCAAGAGCAGGGAGACAUUAGGACCCAGAGGAUUCUUUGUAUCAUCCUUGCCAAAAUGUAUUUCCACCAUAACAUAUCUGAUGGAACCAUCUACUACCUGACCCGAGCCAUGGCUCUGGGGCAGCUGCUGGGAGAGGAAGAUACCUUUGAGUCUUCCCUGUGCCUUGGCUGGGCGUACCUCUCAGCCCAUUAUGCGGGGAGGGCUUUGGAAAUCCUGGAGCCCUUGUUCUCCUCCCUGCUGGAGACAGACAGCAUCCUCCAGAAGGGAGUAGUGCACAAUCUCCUAGGUCUUGCUCAUGAAGGAGUAGGCCAGGUGACUCAGGCAACCAAAAACUAUCACAGGGCUCUGGGGAUGGCUGAGGAAAUGGGCCAUCUUCGGAACCAGGCAGUGGCCUUGGCCAACCUGGGCCACCUAGUCUUCAAGUCUGGCAACCAACAGCUGGCAGAGAGCUAUCUGACCCAGUCUGUCCAGCUGUACUCUAAGCUCCAGAGCAGCAAGGCCAUAGACACAGAACUGGGGCAUGUGAUGCAAUGGAUGGCCCAAAUCCUGGUAGAUAGGCACAAGAUAGAGGAAGGCCGUCUCUGCUAUGAGAUGACCUUGCUGUUUGGCCUGAAGCACCACCAUCUAAAGACCCAGCUUCAAGCUACCAAGUCUCUCUGCCAUUUCUACAGAACGGUGUCUCCAAAUACUGGGGCCUGCAUCACUUACCAUGAGCACUGGCUAACAUUGGCUCAGCAACUCCAAGACCAUGAAACUGAAGGGAUACUGCUGGAGGAACUCACCCAACUCUACUUGAACCAAAACACAGCCUCGUCCCUAAGACGUUCCCUUGCCUGUAUCAAAGAAAGCCUGAAAAUCUUCAUUGACUUAGGGAACCAGGCCAAGGCCUCUGAAGCCUGGCUGGUGGCUGGGCAACUACUCUACCUUUUGCAGGAAGAUGAACUGGUGGAAAUGUAUUUUCAGGCAGCCAUACAGAAUGCCCUGAAGUCUGAGGAACUCUUAGCCCUAAGACUUUAUGAACGAGCAGGGGAUGUAUAUUUCAAUGGAAACCGCAACAGAUAUAGAGCAGCUGAAUAUUACAGGCGAGGAGCUGUCCCCAUAGCCAGGAGGAUAAAGGCUUUCAGCACCGAGCUCCGCCUCUUCAACAAGCUGACAGAGCUGCAGCUCACCUUGCAGGGGUAUGACAAGGCGCUGGAAUUUGCCACCUUGGCUGCUAGACUCAGCACCAUUGCAGGAGAUCGGCUACAAAAACUAGUGGCUUUUCAUCGCCUGGCCACAGUCUAUUACUCUCUGCAUAUGUACGAGAUGGCUGAAGAUUGCUACCUGAAGACACUGAGCCUCUGUCCACCCUGGAUGUACUCUUCUCAGGAGGCACUGUACUAUGCUAAGGUGUACAGUCGCUUGGGCCACAUGACUCUUGACCAGCUUAAGGAUGCCCAUGAUGCUACAGACUACUUCCUGCUGGCCCUAGCAGCAGCUAUCCAACUGGGUGACAACAACUUACAGGACUCAAUUCGGAGGAAACUGAAGACCAUCACUCACAGCUCUUUGUGGUGUAGCAGCCCAGGGGGCCAGUCUGCAGAGCGGGCCAGGUGGUUAAGCGGAGGAGGACCUACCCUCUGAGAGACUAUUGAGGUGUUGUUGCAUGUCAACUGAAAGUAGUUUCCUUGAACUGGAGCCAUCAUGGAUUAACCUGGAGCCAUCAUAAAUUGACCUAGAGUCAUAAUAGAUUCUUAAAGUAUUAAGCUUGGAAGAGACCUGAGAACACAAGAUAUAGAAUACCAGAGCAGGGGUCUUAGAACAUAAUAUGUUAAAGGUGGAUCGAACUUUAGAACAGAGAAUAUAAAAUAUCAAAUCAGGGAAAGAUCUUAUAGAUCAUCUAGUCUGAUUACAUCUGAGUAAAAGAGGGACCCAGAAAAGUCAAGUGUCUAUGGUCACACAGCCAGUUAUCAGCAAAGGCAUCAUAUAAAAAACUAGGACUGUUGAUUUGGGGCUGGGUCUCUUUGGUGCACCCUCUUUCUCAAUAGUUCAAAUUAGAGUCUUACUAGGUGCCUGAUCCUAGGAAAGUCAUUUAACUGCUCUGUGUCUCAGUUUCUUCAUCUGUAAAAUGAAGAUAAUAAUUGUGCAAUCCCUACAGGGGUUUUGUGAGGUUAAAAAUAAUUAACACGUGUAAAGCACUUUGCAAACUUUAAAAGCAUUGUAUAAAUGCUAGCUAUUGUUAUUAUUAAUAGCACCUUGAAUAUAUAGCAGGUGUUUAAUAAAUUAUUGUUGGAUUUAAUUAUUUGAACUAUGAAAUGAAAAGAUCUUGCUGCCAAGGGCUCCAAAAUAAGAAGGAAGUUUGGCAUUUCUAAGACCCUCUUGUGCGCUUUUCUCAGGGAAAGACCACGACUGGUUUUUUCUCCUAGGUCUAUGGUGGAGAAGAGAACACACACUGUUCUACUCUCCUACUCAAGUCAGAGCUCUACCUCUUUAACAAUGUUGAUUUGUUGACUAAUUGACUCCGAAUCCUAGAAUCUCAGAGCUGGAAGAGCCCUCUAAGGUCUUCUAUUCUAUCCCUUGUGUGAACAGGAGUUCCAUUCUACAGCAUUUCUAAUAAGCUAUCAGUUAGCCUCUAUUUGAUUACAUUUGAUGACAGGAAGUUCCUUCUCUUACAUUCCACCUUUAUUUAGAUAUUUGGAUAUUUCUGCUCAAAUUGAGCCAAAAUCUCUCUGUUGUUGCCAGUUCUGCUCUCUGAGGAUAAGCAGAACAUGACUAAUCCCUUUUCCCUCUGAUUCCCUGUAGAAUUUUGAAGCUAUUUAUCAUGCUCCUUCAUCUCCCAAUCUAUUCUUCUCUAAACUAAAUAGCCCUUGUUCUUUUAACUAGUUUCCAUCAGAAAAAUGCUGAUUUAAUUUGGGAACUGUAACUGUGGCACAUCUUCAUUUUUGUUUUCCAUUUUACUAUUUAUUUAAUAAACACCCACAAGGGUUUCUGCUUUAUAUUUGAAGAAUUAAGGUGUGAAUGUUUCCUCCAUCAUGUAGUACAAUGGAAAGAGGAUUUAUUCUGGACUAGUCAGUCAGAAGAUCUGGGUUCAAGUCAUUGCUACCUGUGUAUUCUUGGAUAAGCCACCCAAUUUAGUUGGGGCUUGGCUUCUUCAACUGUAAAAUGAAGCAGCUGGAUUAGAUAGUCUCUGAAAUUCCCUUCUGUCUCCAUAGUUAAGAUCCUACAGUUAAUCAAUGUAAUUCACAGUCCUUCCCUUGAACAAUUCAAUUCAAUGAGCAUUUAUCAAGCAGCUAUUAUGUUUAAGAAACUGUAUUUAGUGAUAGGAAAAGAUGAGACAAAAAGUGGAUCCUAAUCUCAAGGAUCUUCUAUUCUAUUCCAUGCUUAGUAUAGGUAAUUGAAGAAUAGUGGAUGUAAAAAAAAUCCAUUUUGUAAUCAGCUCUUUAGUGAUGAGCCUCUUCUGUACAUAAAGCUAAACUAAUUCUCGAGGUAGAGACAUACAGUCCAUUAACCAGGUCCAUAUUUCAGAACCUUCCUGGGCCUACUCUCCAGUGAUGUAGUUUUUGAGGAUACAGGGUCACUUUUGUACCACAAAGAAGCGUGGAGGAGAAUUUUUAAGGGAGAAAAGAAUUUCUGCCUUUACGGAUCUUGUCUAAAGGAAUGGUGGUCCCUGCUUCUUGAGAACUGAUGGUCUAUCAAUUUAUAGAUAAUUCAAUUUAAUUCAAUCCAACAGAGUUGUGAAGCCCUUAUUUUGUGCAAGGAAUCAUUACUCUUCUGUUACCUCUCAUUUCCAUGAUUUGCACAAGCAUGCUUGGCCCUUUGCAUCCCUCAUGUGUGGAAUGAAUUUUCCCAGACUUGCAAACAGAAAGGGCCUCAGAUGAAAUUUCCUCUAAUCUUCAGUUUGCAUAUGAUGGUACUAAGACCACAGAGUUUAAGUGACUUACCUGAGGACAUUCAUAUAAGUAUCAAAAUUGGGGACUUGAAUUCAGAUUCUUUGAUUUCAAACUCAGAAUUCUUUUCCACUGUGGAUGUAGUCUCUUGUCAUCAUUAAAAUCUGUUGAAAUUCCUCUUCUCCUUCAAGAUCCAGAUUCACAAGUACAAGAUGGGAAAGUUAUAAAUGGCUAGAAAACAAUUCUUCUGAAAAAGGGGUCUCUGCAGAAUAUAAAUUCAGUAUAAAUAAAUAUGCCAUAGCAACCACAAAAGGUAAUCUGAUUUUAGGCUGCAAAAUGUAAGUUCCCUUCACCACCUGAGACAACCAAUUUUAUUGUUCCAGAAUUUGUUGUAAGGAUUUCUUUUUAAACAGGAAAAAGUAAAAUAAAAUUAACCAAUCAAUAAACACAUUAAAUGCCCACUAUAUGCCAGAUAUUGUGCUAAGUGCUAAGAAUGCAAAGACAAAAAUGAAAUAAUCUCUGGUCUCAAGGGAAAGUUAACAUAAGUUAUUAAAUAUUUUAAAAUGUUACUUUAUUUCUUUUAAGUAUUUGCAGUAAUUUGAACUAUGUAUCGCUAAACACAAGUCCUGCCUGAUCUACCUUAAUGAAGACAUAUGAAUCAUUGUAAUUAGCAUAUUCUCUCUGGGUUUGUGAACUAAACAAAAAUUCUUUGCUUUUUUAAAAAGUGUUUUAAGGGUUUUUUUUUUCCUUUUUAUUCCUUAAAAGAAGUUAAACAUUUCUCUUGAGAUUUUUUUUUUGUGACAUUCAUUUAUUUGGGGAAAAUUCCCUCCUUAAUCUAUGGUAUCAAAAAUACAUUAGAGAAGUUAAUAUGUCAAAUUAUAACCAAAGACAAGUUAGUUAAACUUGUUUUAGACAAUCUCCUCCCCUCAUGUAGGGUAAUAGAAUCUAAUUUAAAAUCAGCAUCAAGAGACAACAUUAAGUUUUAUGAUGCAUCUCCCAUCUCUCUUUCCUUCCCUACCCUGCUGGGUAAUAGCCUGAAAACCAAACUUGAACUGAGUAUUUCCAAGUCCUAAGAUGCUUUUAACACAGCAGGUAAUGCUGGUGCUUGGAAAGUAAAGUUUUGGAUUUUAACUUAAAUUUGUAAGGGCCAUAUAAGCAGCUGAUGUUGGUGAAGGAGUAAAGUUUAGGAAGAAAAAAAUAUAACAAGAAGUUGAAAGGAUAAAGAAUAAUUCCUAGAACACUAAAUUUAAGAAGAAUUUUAAUCAUAGAACAAAAUGAUCUGGAACAGAUGUUAGAACACAGAAUGUGAGAGCUGUAAGAGAAUUUGCUCAUAGAACACAAAAUAUGAGAGACAUAAGAGACAAAGAACACAAAAUAUAAGAACUGGCAGAGACAUUUCCUUAUAGAACACAGGACACAGAAUGUGAGAGCUGGCAGGGACAAGGCAAAAUGUGAGGGUGGAGACAUUUGUUCAUAGAACAUAGAACACAGAAUGUGAGAACUGGCAGGGAUAUUUGAGCUUACAACACAGAACUCAGAAUGUGAGAGCUGGCAGGGAUCAUACAAAAUGAGAGAAUUGGCAGGGACAUUAGCUCAUAGAACACAGAACACAGAAUGUGAGAGCUGGCAGGGACAUAUGAGCUUAGAACACAGAACAUAGAAUGUGAAAGCUGACAAGGAUAUCUGAGCUUAAAACAUAGUGCUUAAAGAAACCUUGGAACUAAGAAAAUUUAAUGUAAAAAUAGGGAGGAACUAGAGAACAUAGAGUGCAGGAUCUGAAGCACCAAAGAUUUAGAGUAAGAAAGGAUUUUUGAGUUAAUUGUAUGUAACUCACUUAUUUUACAGUUGAGGAAAUGAAGCCCAGGGGACUUAAAGGUCUUUCCCAAAAAACACAUUUGAAGUAGGAUUUGAACUCUCCUCUCACAGAACAACCACCCUAACUCAUAUCCAUUUCAUAUUUUACCUGGACUAUCAUGGUAGCUUUCUUUUUAGUUUCUUUACUAAUUAUCUUCCAGGUAACUCCCAAAGAUGAUUUUCCUAAAACACAAAGGUUUAGUCAUGUCAUCUCUCCCCUCCAACCUCAAUAAACUCCAAUCAGAUCCUGUUAGCUCUUAAAUUAAAUAUAAAUUCCUACAUCUGGAAUUUAAAACUGACCAAUUCUGACAUCUCCAGACACCUUAUAUAUUAACCCCUCCAUGUGCUCAUUGGGCCAGUUAUAAUAAUUGACACAUAUUUGUUGUUUCUCACAUUAAACAGUUUCUCUCUCCCAACAUGAUUCAUAAAGAAAUGUGUAUUAAAAAUUAAUGUAUGUGUAUAAGCAGAAAAAAAGAAAACAAAAAAAAAUAAAUUUAAAAAAAUCAGCAGUCCAUCUCUCUAUAUCUUGUCUUUACUCUGGCUGUCCAGUCUGACUUUGAAGUCCAUAGAUCUGUUAUAUAUGUAACCUUGAGCAAAACAUUUAAUUUCUCUGGGUCUCAGUUUUUCCAAAUGCAAAAUGAGGAGCUUUGAAAGGAUGUUCUUUAAGGUCUUUUCAAGUUUUAAAUCAAUGCUCCUGUGACUUUUGCCUCAUAGAACCAACCUCUGGUCUCUACAAUUCAGCUUAAAUGCUACCUUCCACUGGUGCUAGCAUGUUAGCCUUCUCCCUCCCAACACUGUUAUGUAUUCAUUUUGUGUAUACUACAUAUAUUUACAUAUGUAUGUGUUAAGAGACAGUAUGGAACAGUGGAGGAAGAGCUGUCCCACUGAGCCAGGGUGAGCGGGGUCCAAGCCCACCUCUGACUCAUAAGGACUGUGUAACCCUAGCCAAGCUCCUUAACCUCUUAAUUCUAUUAGCAGUUUUCUACAACUAUUUGUUGCCAAGAAGGUGCUGAUUUGUGCUGGUAGAGGGAGUGUCCUUACCUAGGUGUUCCCUAUAUUAUUGAAAUCACAAGUCUAUCCCCUAUGUACAUGUUUUUUCUUUAACUAAUCUUGAAGCUUUUUGAGGGUAAAAACUUAAUUUCGUGUCUCUAUCUCCCCUGUUACUAUUCCCCCAUACUUAGCAAAUGUCUGGUCUAUAGUAGGAACUUAAUAAAUAUUUGUUGAAUCACCGA